AUGUUUCGCGGGGUGUUUAAGAGCUGUGUGUCUGCCAAGUCGUCCGCGUACAAGAAUUUCGUACACAUCGAGCCGAGCGCGUUCGUGGGUCCCUGUCAGGAUAUGGAAGACUUUUGGUUGCCUCCUGAAGGCGAAAGGAGCGGAAGGGAAGAUGGACCAACAGAGAGAAGGAAGAGGCCAAGCGGAGAGAGGGAACAGGAGAACGAACAAAAGGAAGACAGAAACAGCGAGAAAAGCAAGAGCAGCCGAGAAACAGCAGACAGCAACCAGUCUUACCAGGAAUGCAUGGAGAAGAGAGUGGAGGAGCUGACUCAACAGCUUCAGGAGGAGCGGGCGGUCAGCAGGAGGGAGAAACUGACCGUGGCCAGACUACAGAGGGAGGUGGCACGCAACAAGAGCGAGGGUCCUAUGAGAGAAAAGCUGAUGAGGGACCUUGACCUUGAGCGUACGCGGCGCGAGGAGACGGAGCAGAAACUCAGGGACGUGUCAGCAGACAACGAACAGUGCAAGACCAGGCUACAGUCUCUGCAACAGGACAUGCAACAUAUGGAAGAACAAGUGCAAGGGAUGGUCCAGCUGAAACAGAAGAUGGACCAACUGAAGCGCGAGCGGGGACAUCUCAUUGAUGCAUAUGAGAACCAGAUGGACUCCAUCCGCACCCACGUCAGCAACCUGGAGCUGGAGAACGACGACCUUGUCAAGAAGGUCAACAACUACGAGUCUCUGUCGGACGUGCACCUGUCCAGCGCCGAGGAGGAGCGCGAGAAAACCGUGCUACUCAUGCAGCGGCUGAAGAGUCUGGAGGCGGAGAACUCUGCUCUGGUGCUGGAGAAUGAGAACCAGAGGGAACAGUAUGAGAGGUGCUUGGAUGAGCGGCUGAAGAGUCUGGAGGCCGAGAACUCUGCUCUGGUGCUGGAGAACGAGAACCAGAGGGAACAGUUUGAGAGGUGCUUGGAUGAGGUAGCCAACCAGGUGGUACAAGCUCUGAUGGCACAAAAGGAGUGUCUGAAGUUGCGGAACCGUGUGUACGAUCUGGAGCAGCAGAACAAGCAGCUCAGCGUCAUGUUCGAGCGGCGCACCAGCAGAUUCUCAUCUGACUCCAUACUUCAGUCUGCCAAACGGUUACGGCAGAGGUCGUUUGGAGGUGAGAGCAAGGCGGACACAGCGAGUCUGGACAGCAGUAACCACAGCCUGCCGGUACAGCCACAGCGUUUCUCUCCGAGCCCUCACUCCGGCCUGCCCGUCAGUCAGCACCAGCGAGCCACAUCCUACUCCCCGAGCACGUUCGUGAGUUCCCGUAAGUCCGGUUCCGUGCCCAACGGUAGCGCCGGGGAGACCUCCCCACACAGCUCACUCUCAAGUAUGGCCUCCGACUACUCGGCUCACAGCUCCAACCACAACACCAGAAAUUGUCGGUCCACCCCACCCCCUCCACUCAUCUACUCCGUCCAGCGACACCACCCCACGUACAGCCGCAGCCAGAGCGACCCUUCCCAGCAUGCUCGGCAGCAGUUUAAGGAAGACAAGAUCAUCGAGAGGAUCAACCAGCUACGAGCGCAGGUGGCCAGUAACAGUAAUGGUUUAGGAGAGUCUAUGCUGGUUCCCUACACCAGUAAACAGGACAUGCGGGGCUCCAACGAGGGUAUUUACUCUCCCGGAUCCUCCAGAAAGAGCGGCCUGUUCGAAUCCGAGGGACAGAACUACGACUACCACCCCCACAACAGGCUGUCGGUCAAAUGUCAUCCUCCACAGAUCAGAGUUCAAGGUUCAGAGGGCAAGGGUCAGGGCAGAGAGGUCCAUGUAUAA